AUUUCUGGCUUCGCCACUAGGAGUAAUCAUUUUCAUCCAUUUUCUCUCUUAAAGCUCUUUCAUAUGCUUUAGAGCUACUAUUUUCUUCAGCAGUCCAAAAAUCACUCCUUUUUUGUGUCAACAGAGAACCAUUUUAAGUAAACAAUGUCAGAGGAAAACUCUGAUUUAGAAAUGAUACCUGGAAUUACAAUACCUUUGGCCAAGAUUGUACCUACUACUACUAGCAUUGAUGGGACUUUUCCUGUUAAAAGGUGCAGUUCAAGAAAAAGGGCUGCUCCAGAUUUCUUUGUUCCCACCCAUUUUCGCUCUUCUAGACUGUUACAUAGCCCUGCAGGUUUACGACGUGGUCCAGGUCGCCCUUCGAAACAGAGAUCAGAUGUUGAAGUGCCAUCCAUGGAGGCAACACAAACUCCUGCCUCACAACCUUUGCAACGUGGACCAGGUCGCCCUGGAAAACAGCGAUCAGAUGUUACAGAAGCUCCAGCAGUAUCACCACCUCCAGCAUUACCGUUGGGGUGGACCGGAGAUGGUCGAUUGCAAGCUUCGGCAACAACUCCAUUGGAGUCAACCAGUGAUAAGCAUACUCCAGAGGCAGUUGCGCCAUCUCCAUUGGGGUCAAUCAGUGAUAGGCGUACUCCAGAGGAAGUUGCCCCAACUCCAUUUGGGUCAACCAGUGAUAGACCUAUGGAAGUUCUCUCUGAUGAAGAGGAAACAAAGUUAAAUGUAAAGCCGUCAAGAAUACUGAUGCGUCCCCCAGAAACAAAUUAUAAACCCCAGGAGAUUCUUGAUGAAGAAUCGAAGAAAUUAGUUAUUAAAGUUCAGUCUCUACUGGUUCGGAAGCUGCUUACUUAUGGGAAUGAUGUUAAGUACAUGGUCUGUCAGGCCAAUACUACUUUAAGGUACUUGAAAGGGCUUGAUGUUGAUUAUGGUUCUUUUUACCAAGACGUCAAAGAUCACAUUAAACAUCGCUGCGAUUUGCAAGAUGCAGAGAGAGAAGAAACUACACUGUCUUUGUCAGCAUUGCAGAAAAAUUAUGAACAUGCUAUACAUAGUGCAGGUGAUGUUGGGGAGGAUAUUACGCAUACUCAAGAAGAAUUGGAGAAGGCGAAGGAGAAAAAGGAAACUUUGAAAAGGAAAAUCGAGGAUCUGAGGAAAGAGGUGGCACAUAUUGAACAUGAAGAAGAGCGUCGGAAACGUGAAGAAACAAAAUACAAGGAAGCCCAUGAAGUUGCAAAAGCCAAGAUACAAGAACUUGGCAUCCAGUUGGAGACAGCUCAAGCAAAGCUAAAGGAGAUUGAGCAGCGCAAGAAUACAGCUCUCCGAGGGAUUGAAUCCAGCACUCAACACCUACAGUCCAAAUUUCUUGAUGAUCUCAAAUAGUUUGACUUUGUGAAACUCAUUGAACAAGCCCCCUACUAGAUGAACUGAAUGUCCUCAUGACUAUUUUUGUUUUGGGAUUGCGUUUUCUCCAGCAGCAGACAAGUUGUUUCUUCUUUUGGUUAUCACCAUGUAGUAAAUUCUUCUUAAAGUUUCUUG